GCUACUCCCUUCCAGCUGCCACUGAAGAAAUGCUCCGUGGUGGGAAACGGUGGGAUCCUGAAAAAGAGCGGCUGCGGCAAACAAAUAGAUCAAGCAGAUUUUGUCAUGCGGUGCAACCUUCCUCCUCUAUCCAGUGAAUACAGCAAGGAUGUUGGAUCAAAAACCCAGCUGGUGACUGCAAAUCCCAGUAUAAUUCAGAAAAGGUUCCAGAAUCUGCUGUGGUCUCGAAAAGCAUUUGUGGACAGUGUUAAGGUGUACAACCAGAGCUACAUCUACAUGCCAGCCUUCUCAAUGAAGACAGGGACGGGACCCUCUCUGCGUGUCUAUUACACCCUGGAGGACUUUGGUGCCAAGCAGGCAGUCCUUUUUGCCAACCCCAAUUUCCUGCGUGACAUUGGCAAGUUCUGGAAGAGCAAAGGUAUCCAUGCCAAACGGCUUUCCACGGGACUUUUCCUAGUCAGUGCCGCCCUUGGUCUGUGUGAAGAAGUAACAAUUUAUGGCUUCUGGCCAUUCUCGGUGGACCUGCACGGGAAGUUUAUUAGCCAUCAUUACUAUGACAAUGUCUUGCCCGAUUCUGGAUUCCACGCCAUGCCAGAGGAAUUUCUGCAGCUCUGGUUUCUUCAUAAAAGUGGUGUACUGAGAAUGCAGCUAGAACCAUGUGAGGACCCUUUAAUCCAGUCUUCUGCCUGAGGAUUGUAGGAGUUGGUUUGGGAGAUCCAGUAGUUUUUAAUUUCCAUAUUCUCCAACAGAGAGUUCUGUUUUCUGUUGAUUCUUUUUAAAGGGAAGAUAAUCAUGGAUCUGCAUGGACCAUAAAAAUGCUACCUGAAGCUACAAAUGGAAUAUGUCCUUAAUGUAUAGUGCUUUAUGGAACUGGGGUGGGGGAAGCAAAUCUCUCCAUCAAGUCCAUU